CAUUGCUUGCCCAUUCCUCUGCCCUCAAUAAAAUUUUCACCGUUUCCCCAUUUCCUCUGUAAAACAACCCAAAGAAAAAACAGAGGACAGAGAAAAAAUAAAAAGAAACCCAUUUCUCAGAAUAUAAAAACAAAGAAAAUGGAAGCUCAGAAGAAUCUGAAAACUCUCUUCUUUGUUUUUCUUUUUCCCUUCAGAAAAUGAACUCUUAAUGAUUACCCAAAUUGUUACCCAGAGAAAUUUACUCUUCUUUUCAUGGCUGCUUCAAGCCUUUCACCUGAACCAAGUCAAGAAGUGUUUUCAUGGCUGAAAUCUCUGCCUUUAGCUCCAGAGUACAGACCCACUUUGGCAGAGUUUCAAGAUCCAAUUGCCUACAUUUUCAAGAUCGAAAAGGAGGCUUCCCUGUAUGGAAUCUGCAAAAUCAUACCUCCGGUGCCACCUGCUCCUAAAAAAACAGCAAUUGGGAACCUCAAUCGUUCGCUUUUGGCUCGUGCUGCAGCUAAUGCUAGCUCCGAUUUGAAGCCGGCACCCACAUUCACUACCCGCCAGCAGCAGAUCGGGUUUUGCCCCCGAAAACCUCGGCCCGUUCAGAAACCCGUCUGGCAGAGUGGGGAGUACUACACUUUCCAAGAAUUUGAAACAAAGGCGAAGAGUUUCGAAAAGACUUACUUGAAAAAAUACAGCAAAAAGGGUUCACUUUCAGCUUUAGAAGUCGAAACCCUUUUCUGGAAAGCAACGGUUGACAAACCCUUUUCCGUUGAGUAUGCUAACGACAUGCCUGGUUCAGCUUUUGUGCCGUUGAACUCAAAGAAGAGCAGUGGGGGAGGGAGAGAAGCAGGGGAAGCGGUUACAGUGGGGGAGACACCCUGGAAUAUGAGGGCGGUUUCGAGGGCAAAAGGGUCAUUGUUAAGGUUCAUGAAGGAGGAGAUUCCGGGUGUUACUUCCCCUAUGGUGUACAUUGCAAUGUUGUUCAGUUGGUUCGCUUGGCACGUAGAGGAUCACGACUUGCAUAGCUUGAACUACUUGCAUAUGGGAGCAAGUAAAACAUGGUAUGGUGUUCCAAGGGAUGCUGCGGUUGCCUUCGAGGAGGUGGUCAUGGUUGAUGGCUAUGGAGGAGAGUUCAAUCCUCUUGUUACCUUUUCUACUCUUGGCGAGAAGACCACAGUGAUGUCUCCUGAAGUAUUUGUUCGUGCUGGUAUUCCAUGCUGCAGGUUAGUGCAAAAUGCUGGGGAGUUUGUUAUCACUUUCCCAAGAGCCUAUCAUUCAGGGUUCAGUCAUGGGUUUAACUUUGGAGAGGCAGCUAAUAUUGCAACUCCAGAAUGGUUAACAGUGGCCAGAGAUGCUGCUAUUCGAAGAGCUUCAAUCAAUUAUCCUCCUAUGGUCUCUCAUAUCCAGUUACUUUAUGAUCUUGCACUUGAGUUUUGUUCAAGGGUACCUAUGAGCAUCAGUGCUAAACCAAAGAGUACUCGGCUAAAGGAUAAGAAAAAAAGUGAAGGAGAAACCGUGGUUAAAAAAUUAUUUGUGCAGAGUCUUAAACAGAACAAUGACCUACUUCAUAUUCUUGGAAAAGGAUCUUCUGUGGUACUACUCCCCAAAAGUUCUGACAUUUCUCUUUGUUCAGAUUUACGUGUUGCAUCCCAAUUAAGAACAAACCCUAGGAUGUCCCUUGGUUUAUUUAACUACAAGGAAGUAGUGAAAUCCCCCAAAGACUUAGCUACUGAUGAGAUCAUGCCAGGUGGGAAUGAAGAAACCAAGGGAGUAAAAGGUUUCUAUUCAGCGAAAGGAAAAUUUGUUACUAUGUAUGAGGGUAACCAGGAUUCUUCUUUUAGUGGAACUGAUUAUUUAUGUAGACUACCAGUGCGGACCUUGAACAUGAGCAUGGAAAGAGAAAAUGCUGUUCAAGGUGAUGCACUGUCAGAUCAGAGGCUGUUUUCAUGUGUAACAUGUGGAAUAUUGUGCUUUGCUUGUGUUGCUGUUCUUCAACCAACAGAACAAGCGGCUAGGUACCUCAUGUCAGCUGAUUGUAGCUUUUUUAAUGAUUGGACUGUCAGUUCCGGAGUAACUCGCAAUGGGUUCACUGCUGCUCAAGGGGAUGCAAUCACUUCUGAGCAAAAUCCUUUUACAAGGUGGAUGAAUAAACGUGCUCCAAAUGCUUUAUAUGAUGUCCCUGUUCAGUCUGUUGAGUGCAAGUUUCGGCUGGUAGAUCAAAGUAUCCCUGUAGUGGAAGAUACUGAAAAAGGGGGAGAUACUUCUGCUCUUGGUCUAUUAGCUUCAACUUAUGGAAAUUCAUCUGAUUCUGAAGAAGAUCAUGUUGAACCAAAAGCUACUGUCUCAGGUGAUGAGACAAAUCCAGCAAAAGUUUCAUGUGAAAGGAAAUUUCAGUAUAAUGAGUCUGGUUUCUCUCCUGGUGAUGUAAGUGGGAGUCAUAAUCCAUCAUUAUCAAGGCUUGAUAAAGAGGAAGCUCCUGUCCAUGUUAUUGAUGGCUAUUCAGAACCUGGAUCUAGAAGAGUUGACGUCAAGAAUAGAAGCCCUCAAACAUUUGACAGCACUAUUGAGGUUGAAACUGAUAAUCUUGCUUCAAGAAGAUCAAAUGGUUUGGAGGAUAAAUUUAGAGAUCCAAUUACAGCAUCACAUGCUAAUCCAAGUUACUCCCCAGCCACUCACGGCACAGAGAAAAUGAGGUUUGGCAAAGCUGUUGUACCAAUGGAGAAUGCAGAUAUUCCAUAUGCUCCAAGGUCUGAUGAAGAUUCUUCCCGAAUGCAUGUCUUCUGUCUUGAGCAUGCUGUAGAAGUAGAACAGCAACUUCGUCAAAUAGGAGGAGUGCAUGUUUUUCUCCUUUGUCAUCCAGAGUAUCCCAAGAUAGAAGCAGAAGCGAAGUCGGUGGCUGAAGAACUAGGAAUUGAUUAUACCUGGAGUGACAUCUUAUUUGGGGAUGCUACUAAGGAUGAUGAGGAGAGGAUACAUUCAGCUCUUGAUAGUGAGGAUGCUAUACCUGGGAAUGGGGACUGGGCGGUGAAGCUGGGUAUCAACCUAUUUUAUAGUGCCAAUCUCAGCCGCUCGACACUGUACAGUAAACAGAUGCCAUACAAUUGUGUUAUAUACAGUGCAUUUGGCCGUAAUUCUCUUGUUAGCUCACCCUCAAAGCUAAAUGUGUAUGGGAGGAGGUCUGGCAAACAGAAAAAAGUAGUGGCAGGGAAAUGGUGUGGUAAAGUUUGGAUGUCAAAUCAGGUUCAUCCAUUUUUGGCACAAAGAGAUCCUGAUGAACAAGAACAAGAAAGAAGCUUCCAUGCUUGGGCAACUUCAGAUGAAAAUCUUGAGAGAAAACCAGAAAAUGUUCUGAAAGCUGAAACAACCAAGGUGGCUAAGAAGUUUAAUAGAAAGAGAAAAAUGAGGGCAGGGAUUGCACCAAGAAAGAAAGUGAAAUACAUUGAGCCAGAGGGUGCAGCUUCAGAUGAUUCAUUGGAUGGUAGUUCUCUUAGGCAACAACAGAGAUUUUCUAGAGGCAAGCAACCUAGACUGAUUGAGAAGGAAGAGGCAAUUUCAUAUGAUUCGCUUGAGGAUGAUUCUCUUCUGCAGCACAGGAAUCUCACUAGAAACAAACAGGCAAAAUUUAUUGAAAGAGAAGAUGCUGAAUCAGAGGAUGCAGAAGAGGAUUUUACCCAUCAGCAGCAUUGGAGGAAUCUCAGAGGCAAGCAAGGCAAAUAUAUUGAAGAAGAUGAUGCAGUUUCUGGAGAUUCACUAGAUGAACGUUCUCUUAAGCAGUAUAGGAGAAUUCCUAGAAGCUGGCGAGCCAAAUAUUUGGAGAGAGAAGAUGCUCUAUCAGAUGAUGAACAAGAGGAAAUUUCUCAUCAGCUGCAUAGGAGGAUUCAUAGAGGCAGGCAAAUCAAGUCAUUCGAGAGGAAUGAUGCCAUCUCAGAUGAUUCACUAGCAGAUAAUUCCCUUAAGCAGUAUAAAAGAAUGCGUAAAGGCAAGCAAUCAAAAUUUUUUGAGAGAGAUGAUGCAAUGCCAGAUGAUGCAUCAGAUGAUGAUUCUCAACAUCAGCUUAGGAGGAUUCCUAGAGGCAAGCAAAUGAAGUGCAUAGAAAGAGAUGAUGCUGCAGAUGAUGCAUCAGAUGAUGAUUCUCAACAUCAGCUUAGGAGGAGUCCUAGAGGCAAGCAAAUGAAGUGCAUAGAAAGAGAUGAUGCAUUUUCAGAUGAUUCAUUAGAGGAUAAUCCUCAACAGCAGCAUAGGAGGAUUCCUAGAAACAAAGUGGCCAAAUUUACUGAUAGAGAAGCUGUAGUUUCUUUUGAUUCAUUGAAGGGUAAUUCUCAUCAACAGCAUAGGAGGGUUCCUAGACGUCAGCUAACCAAGUUUAUUGAGAGGGAAGAUGCAGUGUCCUCUGAUUCUCCAGAUGAUAGUUCUCUUCAACAUCAUAGGAGGAUUCCACGAAGUAAACAAUCCAAAAUUCUUGGGAGGGAAGAUGGAGUUUCAGAUGAUUCGCAGGAUGAUACUUCUCUGCAGCAGCUUAGAAAGACUCCUAGAAGCAGGCAAGGGAAAUUUAUUGAAAGAGAGAAUGCAGUUUCAUAUGAUUCAAUGGAUGAGAAUUAUCAUCAACCUAAUAGGAGGAGUCUUAGAAGCAGAAAAAGGAAAGCCCAGACACCACGGCAAAAAAAACAAGACACCCCUCAGAAUGUGAAACAAGGGAAACGUCGGACAACAAAACAAGUAGCCUCUCAGCAAGUGAAGCAAGAGACUCUUCGGAAUCAGAACAUCAAAAUUGACCGAAGUGCUAGACGGUGCAAUUCCUAUGGUGAAGAUGAGAUAGAAGGUGGACCCAGCACGCGUCUUAGGAAAAGAAUACAAAAGCCUCUGAAAGUAUCAGAAACAAAACCGAAAGAGAAUAAGCAAGCUGGCAAGAAGAAAGUGAAUAAUUCUUCAAAUUUGAAAGCUCUAGCUGGUCACAACACCGUGAAAGUAAGAGAUGAGGAAGCAGAAUAUCAGUGUGACAUGGAAGGUUGCAUCAUGCGUUUUGGCUCGAAGCAAGAGCUGAUCCAGCACAAAAGAAACAUUUGUCCGGUCAAAGGGUGUGGGAAGAAGUUCUUCUCACACAAAUAUCUGGUUCAGCAUCGUCGAGUUCAUAUGGAUGACCGUCCUCUUAAAUGCCCUUGGAAGGGCUGCAAGAUGACAUUCAAGUGGCCAUGGGCUCGAACCGAACACAUUAGGGUUCACACCGGUGCUCGUCCUUAUGUGUGUGCUGAGGAAGGCUGUGGACAGACAUUUCGAUUUGUGUCAGAUUUCAGUCGUCACAAACGGAAGACUGGUCAUUCAGCAAAGAAAGGUAGGGGAUAAUUUGAAGCAAGAGAAGUGUAAUUUAACAUUUCUAAUGAACCUGUUGUUCACUUGGCAGGGUAGGUUAGGUUCAAGGAAAGGUUUAGAAUUUCCCCCAUUAUUGUCAUUCAGAAAACUGUUAAUUAUGUUUUGACCUUGGGUUUCAUUAUGCCCAUUCAUUUACUGCAAUUAGAGCAAUUGCUUGGCUCUUGAACCAGAUUCCUGUCUUAAUCAUGUUCACUACUAGGAUGUUCUGUUCAGAUGCUAGGUGAUUCCACUGUAUUUGGUGGUUACUCUCACUAUCUUUCAAACUCAUGAGAGACAUGAAAAAGGCAAACAUUGACACACAACCUUCUUUGUUCAUGAAGUUAUUUCAUCAAUUUCACCUUAUUGGCCUUGGUAUCAAGGGCUAUGGUAUUAAGGGCUGUAUCUUGGUCAAUUUAAAUGAUAAUCAUCCUCUUAGAAGUAAAUGGAAGGUUAGCACGAGUGACAAUUUUGCAGACUUUGCUUCUAGUCCUCCUCUGUUGGAUGUUCCCUACUUUCCAUAAGUUGGGCUAAUGUACUGAAUUUAUGCACCAUUUUCUUCAAUCUGGGCUAAUGCCUUUGUCAUGCAAAGGUUCUAAAAGCUUCCUUUAUGUGGGCUACUCAUCAGCAUG